CCUCUUCCUUUCUAUUCAUUCCUCCCUUUUACAAUUUGGUCAAUUAAUUCAUAACUUUGAAUAAAACAUGGAAUAUUUAUUCCUUUCUUUCCUCUUUCUAUUCACCCUCACUUUAGCACAAUCUAUUAAUAAUGAUAAUAUAAAUUCAUCCCCAAAUAUUGCACCAAGCAUGCAACCCACAACUUCUCCAAAAGAAAAUGCAAAUUCACCAACUAGUCAUUCUGCAUACCCUCCUGGAUAUGAAAAUGAAAAUGCACCAUCACAAUCACAAUUUCCGUCUAUUAUCCCUCUUGAUAAAAUUUCUGGCCUCUCAUCUUCUCUUAUUCCCACCAAUACGCGAAAAGACGAUGGUGGGAAUAGUGAGACUAAUAAUAUUAUAAAGAAGAUAUGCGACAAUACUGACUACCCUGACCUUUGCACCACAACUGUCGGCCCAUUUAUGCGCGGAGGUAUCAUCAACGUACAAAAUGUUCUCCAAGUGGCCAUGAAACAGAGCGAUGCGUUUGCCAAAUUGGGAUUUGCAACAUUUAAAAGAGCUUCAGAAUCCCCUGUUACUCCACCUAGAACUAAGAAAUUGCUUAAAACUUGCCUCGAUAGUUGGGAUACUGUGUUGUACAAUUACGAAGAAGCUUUAGAGGCUCUGCGUAUUCAUGACAGUGGACGUAUGAACAGCAUGCUCAGUGCUGCAAUUACUGAUAUCUCUGAUUGUGAAGAUGCCUUUGAAGGUGUCAUUACACCUAUGUCUGGGUAUAGUGACAGGAUGACUAAAAUGACAAGUAAUUGCCUAGCCAUUGGUUCACAACUCGGGGAUUAG